AUGCCUUCAAUGAAGUUGCAGAGUUCUGAUGGAGAGAUAUUCGACGUUGAUGUUGAAAUUGCAAAACAAUCUGUGACUAUCAAGACCAUGUCGGAAGAUUUGGGAACGGAUGAUGAAGGAGAGGAUGAUCCAGUCCCCUUGCCAAAUGUUAAUGCAGCAAUAUUAAAAAAGGUCACUCAGUGGGGCACCCACCACGAGGAUGAUCCUCCUCCUCCUGAGGAUGAUGAGAACAAAGGAAAGCGAACAGAUGAUAUCCCUGUUUGGGAUCAAGAAUUCCUGAAAGUUGACCAAGGAACACUUUUCGAGCUUAUAUUGGCUGCAAACGACUUAGACAUCAAAGGUUUGCUUGAUGUUACCUGCAAGACGGUUGCCAAUAUGAUCAAGGGGAAAACUCCUGAGGAGAUUCGAAAGACAUUCAAUAUCAAAAAUGAUUUUACUGAAGAAGAGGAAGCCCAUGUAAGCAAAGAGAACCAGUGGUGUGAGGAGAAGUGAAAUGUUGUGUCUGACACUGUAACACUGUAAGGAUUGUUCCAAAUACUAGUUGCACUGCUUUGUUUAUAAUUGUUAAUAUUAGAAAAACAGUCAACAAAUGCAGCAGCAAAUCAGUUGUAUUAGCAGAAUGUUGUCCUCAUUGCAUGUGUAGUUUCAGUACAGAUUCCAAACUUAUGGCUCCAUUUCUUCUAGUAUGAUCAAAAGUUCUUUUUUCUUUGCUCUGAAUAAAAUUGAACUGUGGGUUCUCUAUAGAAAGUGGCAUUUUGGGCUUUCCCUCUUUUUGUAAAGCAAUUUCUGCCUAGUUUGCUGUCCAGUUAACUUUAGUGACUUUUAAAAGUUGGCACUGUAAAUAAAGCAACUUGCAAAAAAUUUU